GCCGUGCAGUCAGCCCAGAGGCGGCUCAUUGAAAGCAGACCCUCCUCGGCGCUGGCUGGGCGGAGGCGCCGCUGUCCGCAGACCUGCCGCGAACCGGGCAGAGCCGGGCGCCCCCUGCCCGACCACCCGCUCCUCCGCGCCGCUCCCCGCGAGCCCGGCCUGGUGCGCCUGACGUGGACCAUUAAACUUGGAGCUGCCGCUCGUCCCUUCUCUCCUCCUCCUCCCUCUGACAGGCGAGCGAGCGGCUCGGUGCAGGCAGGAGACGUGCUGCCGGGCUGGGCUGCCCGGGGGAGAUGACUUCUCGCCAGGAGGGCACCUCUGGGAAGAAGACCACGGGGGAAGCAAAGUUUCAGGGCAGCUGAAGAGCCUUCGCCGCAGCCCUUCUGAGCCCUGUCACCCUGGCUAUGGAGGGUGGACUCUAAGAUGAAUCCCGAUCUGGACACCGGCCACAACACCUCAGCACCUGCCCACUGGGGAGAGUUGAAAAAUGCCAACUUCACUGGCCCCAACCAGACCUCGACCAACUCGACACUGCCUCAGCUGGACAUCACCAGGGCCAUCUCCGUGGGCCUGGUGCUGGGCGCCUUCAUCCUCUUUGCCAUCGUGGGCAACAUCCUAGUCAUCUUGUCUGUGGCCUGCAACCGUCACCUGCGGACGCCCACCAACUACUUCAUCGUCAACCUGGCCAUUGCCGACCUGCUGCUAAGCUUCACCGUUCUGCCCUUCUCUGCUGCCCUGGAGGUGCUUGGCUACUGGGUGCUGGGCCGGGUCUUCUGUGACAUCUGGGCCGCCGUGGAUGUCCUGUGCUGCACAGCCUCCAUUCUGAGCCUCUGCGCCAUCUCCAUCGACCGCUACAUUGGGGUGCGCUACUCUCUGCAGUACCCAUCACUGGUCACCAGGAGGAAGGCCAUCUUGGCGCUCCUUGGUGUCUGGGUCUUGUCCACAGUCAUCUCCAUUGGGCCUCUUCUUGGGUGGAAGGAGCCGGCACCCAACGAUGACAGGGAAUGUGGGGUCACUGAAGAGCCCUUCUACGCCCUCUUCUCCUCCCUGGGCUCCUUCUACAUCCCUCUGGCGGUCAUUCUGGUCAUGUACUGCCGCGUCUACAUCGUUGCCAAGAGGACCACCAAGAACCUGGAGGCUGGAGUCAUGAAGGAGAUGUCCAACUCCAAGGAGCUGACCUUGAGGAUCCACUCCAAGAACUUUCAUGAGGAUACCCUCAGCAGUACCAAGGCCAAGGGCCAUAACCCCAGGAGUUCCAUAGCUGUCAAACUUUUUAAGUUCUCCCGGGAAAAGAAAGCAGCCAAGACCUUGGGCAUUGUGGUCGGCAUGUUCAUCUUGUGUUGGUUACCCUUCUUCAUCGCUCUACCACUUGGCUCCCUGUUCUCCACCCUGAAGGCCCCCGACGCCGUGUUCAAGGUGGUCUUCUGGCUGGGCUACUUCAACAGCUGCCUCAACCCCAUCAUCUACCCGUGCUCCAGCAAGGAGUUCAAGCGCGCCUUCGUGCGCAUCCUCGGGUGCCAGUGCCGCGGCCGCCGCCGCCGCCGCCGCCGCCGGCGCCUGGGGGGCUGCGGCUACACCUACCGGCCGUGGACGCGCGGCGGCUCGCUGGAGCGCUCGCAGUCGCGCAAGGACUCGCUGGACGACAGCGGCAGCUGCCUGAGCGGCAGCCAGCGGACCCUGCCCUCGGCCUCGCCGAGCCCCGGCUACCUGGGCCGCGGCGCGCCGCCGCCCGUCGAGCUGUGCGCCUUCCCGGAGUGGAAGGCGCCCGGCGCCCUCCUGAGCCUGCCCGCGCCCGAGCCCCCGGGCCGCCGCGGCCGCCACGACUCGGGUCCGCUCUUCACCUUCAAGCUCCUUGCCGAGCCCGAGAGCCCCGGGACUGACGGCGACGCCGGCCACGAGGCCGCAGCCGACGUGGCCAACGGGCAGCCCGGCUUCAAAAGCAACAUGCCCCUGGCGCCCGGGCAGUUUUAGGGUCCCCGCGCACCGCUUCCUUUCUCUGGG